GCCGGGGCUGGAGGAAGCGGCGGCAGCGCCGCACGUUCCCUCCGUUUCCGCUUUGUCCCGUGGGAGAGGGCGGGGGGCCGGCUCCGUGCCGAGUCCCGGCGUGGCCCGUGGCGGGGCCGGCCGCGGGUUUCAGCGGGGCAGCGCGGCGGCGGCCGGGCCGCGGGGCAGGUCUCGGAGGAAUUAAUGCUUCAUGGGCACCUGUAAUCAGCCCAGCUGCAGGAGGGCUCGGCUUUGGCUGCUGGGAGGAGAUGUCUUCUGCUGCAAUGACUGCCUCAAUGUCAACAGGACCCUUUAACUUUGAUGUAGUCAAGGUGUGAUCCCUUCUCCUCACCAGCCUGCUGCUAUGGCUGACACGAUUUUUGGCAGCGGGACGGGCCAGUGGGUGUGCCCCAAUGACCGGCAGCUGGCUCUGCGUGCCAAGCUCCAGACAGGCUGGUCAGUGCACACGUUCCAGACUGAGAAGCAGAGGAAGAUGCAGACUCUGAGCCCGCAGGAGCUUGAGGUCAUUCUGGAAGUCAUCCGCAAGGCAGAGAAACUGGACCUCAUGGAGCAGCAGCGCAUUGGGCGCCUGGUGGAGCGGCUGGAGAACAUGCGAAAGAACGCGAUGGGGAACGGCCUCUCGCAGUGCCUGCUCUGUGGCGAGCUGCUGGGGCUGCUGGGCAGCACCUCAGUCUUCUGUCAGGAUUGCAAAAAGAAAGUUUGCACCAAGUGUGGAAUAGAAACCUUUGGGGCCCAGAAACGUCCUCUUUGGCUGUGCAAGAUCUGCAGUGAACAGAGAGAGGUUUGGAAGAGGUCUGGUGCAUGGUUCUACAAAGGGCUGCCCAAGUACAUCACACCUUUGAAGAGCAGCAGCAAACCCAGUGAGCUGCCCACACAGCCUUGGCAAAGUGAGCCAGUGGUGCUGGAGCCAGAGAGCAUUGGUACCAGCAGAUCCUUCACUUGGGCCAGGGGAAAAGUGGUUUCUACUGACAGUGAGAGCGACUCGGAGUUGAGUUCCUCCAGUCUGGAUGACAAAUCCUUACCUGUGGGGUCAAAAGGCUCACGAAGCACAAAGCAUCGAGCAGGGCUGGCACCCAUUGGGGAACCCAGCCAGGCCAUGGGCAGGACACUGGGGAGCACCCAUUCCCCUACCCUCUCGGGGAGCCACAGCAGCCUGGGCAGUGAGCAGGGUGCUGCCCUCAGUGCCACGGAGAGCUGCCAGAGCGACCAGCCGGCUGAUGGGCGUGACAGCGAUGGCAGCAGAGUCCUUGGCAAACGGCGCAUCCACAGCAGACCACGGUGCUGACAGAGGUGAAGAUGGAGCUGCUUUGCCUGCAUCCAACUCUCACCCCGUGCCCACUCCUGCAGACCUCACUCUGGAUGACAACUGCUGCCUGUGGUGACUUUAUGAUGACAGGUUUUGCACAGGUGUUAGCAGCACAGUGGCACCUGGGAAAGCACCUACCUGUCGUCCUCUCUGCCUCACUGAUCUGGUUUAUGGUUUGGUCUGGCUUCCCCUUCUGCUGACUGACCUGCUCUUUGGGGUGCUGUUCAGAGAGGGUUGCUGUGCUCUAUGGUGCUGCUGUGGGGUCCAGACCCGUAUUUGCUUGGAAAUGGCACAAAAAGUGCUUGCUGGAGCUACAGGAAUGUGUGCUGCCUUUGCUGGUCCUGGCCUUGCAGUCUUUGGGAGAAAGGAAAAUUCAGUCCUGUGUCCCUGAAUAGAAUGACUGAGGAGGACUGAAUAGGUCCCUGAGGAUACUGCGUUCUUUCACUGCUUCUCAGCUCAAGGGUGAAUUUCCCUCUGUGAAUCCCAAGGGUGAGAACAGGACUCCAGUUUGCUCUUGACUCCCAUGGACCCAGGCUGUCUCUUGUGUGUUUCUGGUUUGACUUGGUAUGAAUUUGGUGGGAGCAUCCUGGUGAAGUUGUGCUCCUGAGGUCUCUCUCAUUGGCAGGACUGGCUGCUCAGGGAGACUGCAGUUAGUGAGAAAAUAUUCAAAGAAGUUUCUUAUCAGUUCUUAGGUCUUCUGGCUAUGCACUGACCUGCAUGUCCUGUGGUGAGGGUGAUGCUUUGGCAGUGGGAUAAUGGGCACCCUUUGAGUGAUGCCCACCACCUCAUGGCUCAGCUGGCUGCCUUUGUGCACCCCAGCUGGAUAAAAACUUUCAGAUGAUGUGAUCCUGUCUAGCUCUGCAGAUUCUCCUCCCACAUGCACACCAUGUCAUCUUCUGCAUGAGCAGGGGCCUUUGUUUUACCUUUUUCCUGUGAGUCUGACUGGCUGUGAUGAUGUCAUCACGAGUCAGGCUGUAGAAAGCUGCAUGUCCUAGAUCUACUUAUUCUUCAGAAUGGACAAUUCCCCUCCAAGGCCUGACAUAAGAAAAAUCAAAUUACCUGACAUCUCUAGAGCCAUUAAAUCUUUGAAGGCCUGAACAAAACAAACACCAGGCGAGUAGGAGUCUGUGGAUUUUAUUAAAUGCUUUGGAUCUGACCUGUCUUUUGCUGAAGAAACAAAUGGUGCCAAAAAGUUCCUUCUGAAUUCAAGGAUUUCGAGGCAAUUUGUGCCUGUUAAUGUCAGCCUUUUCCCUUGGUUAUUACUCUUCUGUUCUCCUUUGCUGCUGGGCACUUUGUGUUCAUGUAGUAUAUGCUCUUACAAAUGGCUGCAGUAUGAAGAUAAAUGAGACUGGGUGCUGGAACACUCGAACAGGAGAUCGGAAAUCAAUCCUUAACUUUCUUUCUAAAUGGACAUGGCCCAACAGAGGACCAUUCCCUUGCUGCCUCUCUGGCUAAUGUGCUGUGGCAGGUUGCUGGGAAAACCCUUCCAGCUCUUCUUCUGCGAUUCGUUUCUGCUCCUUUGAAAAUGAAAACAAAACCUCUGGAUGAUGUGGGCACAGACAGAAAUUACUCAAUGUAUGCCUCACAACGUCAGCCCUGAAGAGAGCGAGGGAUGAGGCUCUCCACAGAGGGAUGCUGUGUCAUGCUCUGUGUUGUUGAAACCUGGCCACCGAGGCUUGACCAGAGAAAGGGGUAAUGCCUGAAUUAUUAGCUGUCUCUGGAAAGGUAAACCCAGAACUCAGCUCUUGCUGAAGUGGCAGCGUGGUUUCAGAGCUGAGGUCAUGCUCUUUCUUCUGAGAACUGUAGGGUCUUCAAUUUCAGAAGUGUUUUGCCACUAAAAAACUCCUGUCUUGCCUUGGAGCUUUUGACAGUCCUACUGAGGCUGUCUUGCUCAUGCUGUCAUUACUGCAGUGCCUCAGCCAGCCUGGCCUGCCAGCAUAAGUUAAUUCUGGAGGAGAAGGAGAAGGAAAAAGACACUUAAAAAUCGACUCAAUUUUCUUUAAACAUGUUACUUUCUCAUCCAAAAACUCUGCACUGUGAGUUGGAGAGACUUGAAAAUUGAACAUGUCAUUUCUAACUCUUCUUGCAUUUCCUGUGCUUCAUUCCUGGGUAGUACAGGCAGGUCAGUCACAUUUUCACUCCCACUUCCCACAGCCAUUUACUGCACUGUGGGUUGCCAGGUCUGCACAGGAGCCUGGUGACCCUUGCUGGCCUGCUGUGCUGCUUUGAUUUUUAACUGAGACUAGGGUUUUUUUAAAUGCUUAGAUAAAUUUGGAACUGCUUUUUGAACCAGUGACACUGGAAAACUUUCUUUCUUCUUUAUCUUACCUCCAUGGAGUAAUUCCACCUGAGUUUGAACCAGAACUGUUCAGUCAUCUAUGGAAAGACUCCUUUUGGGUUGAGGGAUGGAUCUAGCCCAGGAGAACCCGAACGUGAUGUAGCCACAUUUGGAUGUGAUAGAGAGACUUUUGCAGCUCUGUGCUCAUAUUUUCUGUUAGAGGCCACUUUUGCUUUCUUUGUCUCUCUCUUGGUUGUGUUUUGUAGCUUUUGUUGGAAUAUUGUCCCAAACCUGUAGCGGUUGACUGCCUUUUGUGUUGGCUCAAGAUGGGCCAAAAGGACUCAGUGAGUUGUGUUCAGUCUGCUCUGGUUGUUUGUGUUCUAUUAUUUUGUUGUUCUUGUCUCCAUCCCUUACAACUCUUCUGUAGUGUUUUACCUACUGGAAACAAUAAAGCUUUGGCUCAGUAACAA